GCUCACAUCAAUCCGACUCGAAGAUAUCAUCAGCUGAAUGGGGAUAGAAACGGCGAUCCUGAUUCUCUUCUGAUCUACGAAUCUACCAAGCUCCACUGCGGAUAGUGCACCGGUCUGCGGCCCGCACAUAGUACUGCGGUUCGCGGCGGCCAUGAUGAACGAACGAAGUAUAAGACCUCGUCACUAGAUUUUCAGAACGAAUCUCCAAACGUGCAACAAAAUACUCAACAUGCGACUGCAACACCCAAAUACAGACUCAGCAAGCAACAUGCGAUCCACCGGCACAGGCUGGAGACGACUCAGCGUUGGCGUCGUGGGAGGCGGCAUCGGCGGCCUGGCAGCAUCUAUUGCGCUGCGCCGCGCUGGCCACGAGGUAACCAUCUACGAGCGCCAUGAUUUCGCCGGGGAAGUGGGCGCUUCGAUCUCAUGUGCGGCGAACGGCACGCGCUGGCUGCAGGAGUGGAAAGUGGAUAUCGCAAAGGGGGACCCGGUUGUGCUGCGCAAGCUGAUCAACCGCGACUGGAAGACGGGGGAGCCUGUCAGCGUGUAUGAUCUGGAUGGGUAUGAGGAGCGCUGGGGGUACGUGUACUACAUGUUCCAUCGGCAGUACAUGCAUGCCAUGUUGAAGGACUGCGCGAUGCAAGAGGAAGGGGAGGGGACGCCGGUGAAGCUGCUCGUGAACCAUCAGUGCAAGGACAUCGACCUCCAGACAGGGGUGAUCACCUUCGCCAACGGCAAAACCGCCCAGCACGACCUCAUCGUCGGCGCAGACGGCAUCGGCUCCGCCGUGCGUAGCAUCAUCGGUCUAAAGCCGGAGAAGAAACCCGCCGACUCGAGCUGUCUGCACGCCAACGUACGCACCGAGGACGCCGUCCGACUCGGGCUGGUCGAUUACUCGCAGCACAGCGCGCUGGAGUACUGGGGCGGGCAGAACAACAGCUGGGACAAGAUCGUGCUGUCGCCCUGCAACGGCGGCAGCCUGCUCUCGUACUACUGCUUCUUCCCGCGGGAAAAGGGCGAUUUCACGAACCACACUUGGGGCGGCACGGACCGGCCGGUGGAGGAGCUGCUGGCGCCGUAUCCCGAGCUGGACAAGCAGGUUCGGGCGCAUCUGGCGAUCGGGCAGGAGAUCCGGCCGUGGCGGCUGUGGGUGCAUCAGCCGUACCCGUAUCUGGUCCGAAAUAUGGUGUGUCUGUUGGGCGAUGCUGGCCAUCCGAUGAUGCCGCACCAGAGUCAGGGCGCCUGCAUGGCUAUCGAGGAUGCCGCUGCGCUGGGCAUCCUCUUCCGGCCGGACUAUUUUGACGGCAAUGUCGCCGAGGCGCUGCAGGCAUACCAGGAGAUUCGACUACCGCGUGUCACGAAGGUGCAGGCGGCGUCGGCCAAGGCAGCAGUCAAUAUCAACGAGCGGAUUGGUAGUGUACCUCCGGUUCACAGGUGAAGUCGAUGCUAACGUCGACAGGUUUCUCAAGCAACACCAAUAUCCCAAAGUACAAGGUCGCCAGCGAGAAGGACAAGCUGACGAUCGAGGAGAUGAAUGGGUGAGUCGUGACUGUUAAUAGGUUGCCUGCACGCUGUCUAACUUGCGACUCAGAUACGACAUGUACAAGGACGUCGAGGAGGUUCUGGCCAAACGCCGGGGAAAGCCGUUCACGCAGCAGUAUAUCCGAGGUCUUCCCAUUGGAUUGAAGUUAUCGAAUGGCACUGUCGUUGGCCAGCAGCCGUCUGCUCAGGUGAAGCUUUGACGUUUCUCGUGUGUUAUGUGAUAUAUCCUUUGCCCGAUUGAAGCAGGCUUCUUGUAUUUGGUAUUGUACAGAAUGGUGACUGUCUUUUAAUGAAUCUUGC